AUGUCAGUAGCAAAAUCACCUUCAUUCCCAUUCAUCAAACUCCGAAACUCAUCUCCAUCCCCGCCGUCUUAUUCUGCGUAUGCACCAUCUUCUUCUUCUUCCUUCAAGUUCACCAUUAGGAGCUCUCAGGCUGAGGGUCCUCUAAGAAGACCAGUGGCUCCUGCGCCUUUAAAGCCUGUGCUCCCAUCCCCAACGCCGCCCGAUUCUCCGCCGGUGGCCUCUACGCCGCCCAAGCCGCCGCCGGCUGCUGCUGCUGCUGUGGAGAACAAGAGCGGGAUCACGUUGGAGUUCCAGAGGCAAAAGGCCAAAGAGCUUCAAGAGUAUUUCAAGAAGAAGAAGGUGGAGGAGGCUGAUCAGGGUCCCUUUUUCGGUUUCAUUGCCAAGAAUGAGAUCUCUAAUGGAAGAUGGGCUAUGUUUGGGUUUGCUGUGGGGAUGUUGACAGAAUACGCCACGGGCUCCGAUUUUGUUGAUCAAGUUAAAAUCCUUCUCUCCAACUUCGGAAUUGUAGAUCUCGAGUGA